CAAAUCCGUUAUUUGGAGAAUCUCUUGCGCGUCUACAUGGGAGAGAUCCGACGCUUGCAGGAACGGGAGCUGGAUUUGGCCGAGUUGGACAGCGAGGACUCGACCUAUCUCCAGGAGAGCCGGCUCAAGCGGAAGAUGAUGCGGAUCUUUGAGCGCCUUUGCCAACUCAAGCAAUGCAGUAGCUUGACGGGACGUGUCAUCGAGCAACGCAUCCAGUACCGUGGCACCCGCUACCCCGAAGUCAACCGUCGCAUCGAGCGUUUCAUCAACCGCCCCGAGGCUUUUCCUGACUACACCGACAUCCUCAAGGUCAUCCAAAAAGCCAGCGCCCGGCACAGCUUGGGCUUGGCUCGACGGCAGAUGGAGAGCAUGGCUCAGGACGCCUUCCGGGAGGUCGGCAACCGCCUGCAGGAGCGACGCCAUCUCGACCUGGUCUACAACUUCGGAAGCCACCUGACAGAUCAGUAUCGGCCGGGGACGGAUCCGGCUCUGGUGGACCCCGAAUUGGCCAAACGUCUGCGGAAGAACCGGACGGUGGCCUUGACCCGGCUGGACAACGUCAUCUCCCACUACGCCCAGCUGCAGGACGAGAGCGAGGAGGAAGAACGUGGGCGUAAGCGGGC